GCAACAACUACUUUUCUCUUCUUCUGAGUUCUGGGUCUGAGAGAGAGAACGGAGAGGAAUCUGAGCUGCCAAUCCCCAUUACUCUUGUUCUAUUUCAAAGGAAAAUAUGGUUGAUGAUCUCAACAACAAUAAGGAUGAUAACCUCAUUGUAAAGGUUCCAAAGAAAUCUCCAUUAGUCUUGCGGAUGGUUGUAUUAGCAUUUGCCAUGGUCUGUGGGGUUUAUAUUUGUUCAAUCUGUCUCAAACAGAUUAGCACUGGCACCAAGGUCAAAUUUACAAACCUAGAGUUCCUUGAACCUUCUUGCCCUAAAUUAAAACAUGAGAUUCCCAAAUUGCAUUACCCGAAACCGGAAACAUUUAGCAGAGCUGAAUGUGCGUGCAAUCCUGUUCGAGACUUUGCAAUUUUAUCAAUGCAGAGAUCAGGAAGUGGAUGGUUUGAGACAUUAUUAAAUAGCCAUAUUAAUGUCAGCUCAUAUGGGGAGAUUUUCUCUAAUAAAGAUAGAAGGAGUAAUAUCACAUCAAUCGUAAAGACACUGGAUACACUUUAUAACUUGGACUGGUUCAAUAGUGCGUCCAAGAAUGAGUGCUCAGCUGCAGUUGGUUUAAAAUGGAUGCUUAAUCAGGGGUUGAUGGCAAAUCACAAGGAAAUAGUGGAUUAUUUUAACCAGAAUGGUGUUUCUGCUAUAUUUCUUUUUCGAAGAAAUCUUUUACGCCGGAUGAUCUCUGUGCUUGCCAAUACUUACGAUCGAGAUGCUAAGUUACUAAAUGGGACCCACAAGUCUCACACACAUUCACCCCAUGAGGCUGAGAUACUAGCAAAAUACAAGCCUACAAUAAAUGCUACAUUACUGAUACCAACUUUGAAAAAAGAAGAGGACACAACUAGAAAAGCUUUAGAAUACUUCAACAACACUCGCCAUAUCAUUGUUUACUACGAGGAUCUCGUACAAAAUCGCACUAAACUGAUGGAUGUGCUAAGAUUUUUGAGGUUACCCCAGAGGGAAUUGAAGAGUCGUCAAGUUAAAAUCCACAAAGGGUCAUUAGCAGAGCAAGUAGCGAACUGGGAUGAUGUCCACAACUUCCUCAAAGGAACACCAUAUGAAAACUUUAUCCAUUCGGAUUAUGCAAUGCAGUAACAAUUGGCACAUCCGUUAACCACUCCAGAUGAUUGAUGUAGAUAACGUAUUAACAUGUUCCUUCCAGUUUUGGCAUUGAUAUACAGGUGCGAGUUUUUACACUUUCUUUUUUCUUCUCACUCACCGAAAACAGCAUUAUAUAAUGCAAGGUCCUGUUAACUUUUAACAAUUACGAACAACUACUUGAGUUAUCAAUGGAAGAGCGAGAAUUGAUGUUGUAAGUCUGCCUUAAAAUUGUUAUUUUGUUAAA